AUGCCCGCUGGCCAACGAAUGGAGGCAAGACGUAAAGAGCAGCUUGAGGCUGAUGCACGAGCUAUCGAAAAGAACUUUACAAGGGACUGGAAACCAGGUGAUGUCUAUGCACCGCAUGAUCUGAGCGCUGCGGAGGCACGUAAAUGGAAGAAGAAAAAGGCCCCCACCACGGAUGCCUUCGAUGCACUGUCAAUGAAUCCACUCGACUGCUACAAGAACUUCUCCAUUAUGUCGGAAUACAUGACGGAAAUGGGAAGAAUCAGGCAUUCACGGGAUACGGGCCUACGCCCAGUCAACCAACGCAAAAUAGCGAAGGCCAUCCGACGUGCGAUUGGUGUUGGAUUAAUGCCGAGUAUCCAUCGACAUCCAGAGCUGCUCAAAAGAGAGCUGAUGGCCACUCGCAUGACUGGAAGGUCUGGCUGA